ACAUCUGACUCACGCCCAAUGUUCCUUAACUGCCUGCGAAGUACUGGACAUGGUGGCUCGAGGUACCCAGGUCCAUGAUCCUAAGGGCCCCAGGAAUUGCGUCGAAGACCUGCAGUGGAGACAGCUGGACCGCCGACUACGCGCUAUUGAACAGUCGACAUGGACAAUUAGUGUUUCUCAAUCCCGCUGGCGGCAGUGCGGGAAAAGCGUGUGCCGUUGCGAUGUGGCCCGACGGUCCCUUAACUGCUGGCGUGCUGGCCUCACCACCCUCACAAGUGACCUCCUGGUCCCAUCGGACCUUGUCAAUAUCGAUCUGGGUACAAAUAAACUGCGCACGCUUCACAAGACAACGUUCAAGGGCAUGAGGUCGCUGAAUGAACUGGACAUGUUUGAUAACCAUGUGGAGUAUCUGCCGGCCGGCAUUUUUGACUCUCUCGUCAGUCUGAGGAUACUACGACUGCAAAGAAAUUUUCUAGAGGAAAUUGACAGCGAAACUUUCCGAGCCACUAAGAAACUAUUCCAUGUAGAUCUAUCGAACAAUUUUCUCUACACGCUGCCUGAAAAGUUAUUUGCCAAUAACUCAUAUCUAGAAACCGUCGACAUCUCAAAUAAUCAAGUCGUUUAUAUCCCGUCAGACAGCUUCAUAGGAUUGGAAUCGCUACGCAUUUUAGAUUUAUCUAAUAACAAAAUACAACAAAUCCAAAACGGCACGUUUUUGCUCAAGACCUUAGUAAUUUUGAAAUUGUCAGAAAAUAGGAUCGUUAAUAUAACUAAGAACGCUUUCGAAAGUCUCCUUUCAUUAGAGACAUUGCUGCUGGAUAAAAACAAUCUCGAGAACAUUCCAGAGCGGUUGUUUAGCAAGCUCAGCUGUCUCGUUUACUUGGAUUUGUCGGAUAACAACUUACAAAGCCUAACAGGUGUGGAAUUUGAAAAUCUAAAGCAUUUAAGAAACUUGGAUUUGAAAGGCAACUCUUUGACAGUUCUGCCAGACUACACAUUUUCUAAUUGCUCAAAACUUGAAAAGCUCGAUUUAUCCAAAAACAAGAUGCGCUUUUUAAACAUCACAAGCUUUCACGGGUUAGACAAAUUGGUCUCUCUUAUGCUUUCGGAAAACAAACUGUACGAAGUGCACUUCAAAACUUUUUCGAUGUUAAAGAAUCUCACAACAUUAUACUUAGACGGAAACAUGUUCCCAUCUCUGCCGUCCCGCACGUUAGACUAUAUGCCAAAGUUAGCAAUCGUAAAACUUUCGGGCAACCCUUGGCAUUGCGACUGCCACACACUGUAUAUAUCGGCAUGGGUGCGGCUUAACGAGAUGAAAAUAUGGGACUACUCUCCGACCUGCGUGUCGCCCUGGUAUUUGGAGGGCCAUUUCCUGAGGAAGCUAAAGUUUCCCGAGCUGUGCUCAGGCCAAUGGGCUAGCAUGGUGAACCUGUCCCCUCGCCUGCCGAUACAGCAACUUCUCUCGCUCAAUGUCACAGUUAACAGGAAACCACAGGAAAGCAUGGAGCAAAAUCAUGACGUCACCACUGUUGAUCCUUGGCAUUGAAACGACCUCUACGUUACACUUGUCCAAGAC